AUGCCAGUUACUCCAAAUAUACAAUGCGAAAAUAUCUAUCCAAUUAUAUUUUAUCGUAUAGAAAAAUGUGUAAUUGAAUAUCCUUUCGAAGAAAUACAAUAUUCAAUAAUUACAGUGCUAACAGCGCUUGCACCUAUUGCUCCAUUACGUAAUUUCCUUAGUCCUGGCCUAUUUGAUUCAGUUUUAGCUAUAUUUAUGAACAGAGAUGAAACAUUUGAGAUUUCUGUUCAGUUUCUCGAUAGAAUGUUUCAUAGAAGUGAUUCUGAAGAACUGUUGGAUAAUGUAAUCAUGAAUUUAAUUAUUUUACUUGCAAAUUAUUCUCCACCGAAAAAAUCUCUUUGGCAUUUUCUUUGUUUCUUUCUAAAACGAUUCUCCUAUCUCAUAGCUCCAAUGUGUGACUUCGAUAGUCUUGAAGAGAACGGUCUGAUGCCAAUUUUUACUCGAUCAUUAAUAUGGACAAUCAGAUUAGUUGUUCAAAACCCUCCAGAACAACAUUCAACAGAUUUCUGGGAGUUCUGCUGUGAUACGUUGCAGAGAUACAAAGCUGCAGAAAAAGGAGAUAACUUCAGAAGACUGUAUGACCACAUUUGGAAUGAAAUGAGACUUUCUAUUUUAUAUAGUUUUCAUUCUGCUGUUGUUGACUUCAAAAUUGAAAAAAUUGUUGUUGAAACACUUAAUCUUUUGAUGGAUUUGGGUGAAGAGGACGUGUUUACGACAAUUCAAAUGAUUCCUGAUGUAACAAGUAUUGUUUCUGUUGGAAUUUGUUGUGAAAAUGAUAAUUAUGCAAAGAAAUUUGCAAAAUUCGCUGAAGAAAAUCAAAUUCAGCCAAUAAAAUUGACAAUUGUAGACCAAAUAUAA